AUUUAAGGAUGUUGGGGAUAAGCAAUAAUCACACCCACAUUUUUUGGGUUUUACAAAUAUAAAAGAGCUUCACCAAAACACAAACUGGUUAGAGACUGCAGAUUUCGGAACUUAAAGACACACAAUUCAUCCACAGCCAUGUUUCUACUAGUUCUUAUUUCAGGCUUUAUCACCUUCACUUUAUGUUCUGCACGUCAGUAUGUCUUUGUAAAUGAAUCCAAGACUUGGACCGAAGCUCAGAGUUACUGUAGAGAUAAACACAUUGAUCUGGCCACCAUUGAAAAUGAGCAAGAGAUGACCCAGUUACUCAACACAGUGAAUGACUUCAAUUCCAUUGAUCUGGCCUGGAUUGGACUUUAUGAUGAUCUGAACAGUUGGAAAUGGACUCUAGAGGACACAUAUUUCUUUAAAGGGGGAGAUAAACAGUUCAGAAACUGGUAUAACCUAGGACCUGCAUAUUAUGGAGAAAAUGUUUGUGUGAAAAUGUACAAUGGGAUAUGGUAUCCAACAUAUUGCUACAACCUAAAUAUUUUUAUCUGCUAUGAUGGAAGACAGAAUGCCAACACUAGUUAUGUUUUGGUUUAUCAAUAUAAGAACUGGAUUGAAGCUCAGAAAUACUGCAGAGAGCAUCACACAGAUCUUAUUAGUAUCAGGAAUGAAUCUGAAAACCAGGAGAUUCAGUAUAUUCUCCAAAAUAACUACUAUUAUUCAGUUUGGAUUGGUCUGUACAGAACCAGAACUUGGUCUGAUCAGAGUAACUCUACAUUCAGUUACUGGAUAUCAGGACAGCCAUUUAAUGCUGGAUACAAUAAUUACUGCACUGCUGUGUCAUUUACUGACAUUGGGAGUUGGACAGAUGAAAACUGUGAUAAUCAGUUAUCUUUCCUUUGCUACAGUGUGUCAUCUUUGGUAUCAUCCCGUCAGUAUCACUUUAUAUCUGUGAAUAAGACCUGGUCUGAAGCUCAGAGAUACUGCAGAGAGAAUUACACUGAUCUGGCCACCAUUGAUAACAUGGAUGAAAUGAACAGUCUGAUGAACACAGUUAAUGGGAGUUACAAUGGAUCAGCGUGGAUUGGACUGUAUUAUGAUUUGAACAGCUGGAGAUGGUCACUGGAAAAUAAUGAUUUCUAUCAGGAAGGAGAGAGAGAAUUCAGAGGCUGGUAUCAUGAACCAAACAACUAUGGAGGAAAUGAGCUGUGUGUUUAUAUGAAUUAUGCUGGCAAAUGGUUUGAUUCAUCAUGUGACAACGUCUUGGCAUUUGUUUGCUAUAAUGAAAACAAUAACACAUACAUCAGAAUUAAUGAUAGAAGAAACUGGGCAGAUGCUCUUAGAUACUGCAGAGAAAAUUACACAGAUCUCGCCAAUGUGAGAAACAUGACUGAAAAUCAGAAGAUCCUUGAGAGAACUGGUGGUGAUGUCUGGAUCGGUCUGUACAGAAAUGAUCAACAUUGGUCAAAUGGUCAGAUUACCAAAUAUCAAAACUGGAGAUCUGAAAUUCUUUAUUCAGAAAAACAACCAGAUAAUGGUCAAUAUAUUACUGGCCAGUGGGGUGACCAGCACUGCACUGCUGUAUCAUUAGGACACUUGGGCAGAUGGACAGAUGAGAACUGCUUAACUAACAUGCCCUUCGUCUGCUACAACAGAACGUGCACACAAUCUUCAUGCAGAUCCCAUCAGUAUCACUUUAUAUCUGUGAAUAAGACUUGGUCUGAAGCUCAGAGAUACUGCAGAGAGAAUUACAUUGAUUUGGCCACUAUUGAUAACAUGGAUGAUAUGAACAGGCUCAUUAAAACAGUAGAGGGGAUUUACUAUGGUACAGCAUGGAUUGGACUGUAUGAUGAUAUGAACAGCUGGAGAUGGUCACUGGGAAACACAGAGUUGGGAGGAGGUUUUAAAAGCUGGUAUGUCCAGCAGCAAGUAAACUGGUAUGGAUGGAGUUCCUGUGUGUACAUGUCAUAUUACAGAGGAUUGUGGAAUGAAAGGCUUUGCUCUUCCCAGCUUAACUUUAUUUGCUACGAUGGAAGACAGAAUGCCAGUGCAAAUUAUGUGUACGUUCAUGAAUACAAAAACUGGACUGAAGCUCAGAGUUACUGCAGAGAGCAUCACACAGACCUUGUCAGUAUCAGGAAUGAAUCUGAAAAUAAGAUGAUCAAAUCUCUUAUACAGAAUUAUGAUUGGCUUUGGAUUGGUCUGUACAGAAGUCAAUCUUGGUCUGAUCAGAGUAACUCUACAUUCAGUAACUGGAGAUCAGGACAGCCAGAUAAUGCUGCAUACAGUGAACACUGCACUGGUGUGUCAUUUAUUGAUGGGAAAUGGACAAAUGAAAACUGUGAUUUUUCUUUACCUUUCUUUUGCUACAAUGUGACAGUGUUAGGAUCACCCCGUCAGUAUCACUUUAUAUCUGAGUCUAUGAGCUGGACUGAAGCUCAGAGAUACUGCAGAGAAAAUUACAUUGAUCUGGCCACCAUUGAUAACAUGGAUGAAAUGAACAGUCUGAUGAACACAGUUAAUGGGAGUUACAAUGGAUCAGCGUGGAUUGGACUGUAUGAUGAUCUGAACAGCUGGAGAUGGUCACUGGAAAACAAUGAUUUCUAUCAGGAAGGAGAGAAAGACUUCAGAAACUGGAAUCAUCAACCAGACAACCUUUAUGGGAAUGAAUUAUGUGUUUAUAUGGAUAAUAAUGGAAAGUGGAUUGAUUUUUCAUGUGACAAUAAUUUCCCAUUUGUUUGUUACAAUGGUAGAGAAAACGCUUCUCAGAGUUAUGUUCUUGUUCCUGAGGGAAGGACCUGGAUUGAAGCUCAGAAAUACUGCAAAAAGUUUUACACAGAUCUGGCCAGCAUGAGAAAUAAAACUGAGUAUCAACAGAUCCUAAACAUUACACUGGGUCAUAGUGUAUGGAUUGGUCUGUACAGAAACAGACUGUGGUCAGAUCAGAGCAACUCUUCCUUCACAUACUGGCUGCCAUAUACUCCACAUGUUUAUCCACAACCAGAUAAUGGUUUAUAUGUCCCAGGACUGUCGGGAGAUCAACACUGCACUGCUGUCUCUGGAAGAUAUGUUGGUCAAUGGACAGAUGAGAUCUGUUUUGCCCAUUUGCCUUUCUUCUGUUAUGGUGGUAAGUUAAUCCUCAUUUUAGUAUAA